AAAGUUGUAAUGACGUAUGAUUGGCUCAUAUCCGUUACCCGGAUAAAGACGGUUUGAGAAACGUUCAAGAAAGCGGCGUAGUGAAAGUAACUACGGCAGCUAAGAAGGCCAUUAGUGUUUCGCGGCGAAGAAACUAAUUGAGAAGAAUUUAAAAUGGCUGGUGGGAAGGCUGGGAAAGACUCCGGGAAGACCAAGACAAAGGCUAUUUCGCGCUCUCAGAGAGCAGGGCUUCAGUUCCCGGUGGGCCGAAUCCACAGACACCUCAAGUCCAGAACCACCAGCCACGGCAGAGUAGGAGCCACGGCCGCCGUGUACAGCGCCGCUAUCCUGGAGUACCUCACUGCCGAGGUUCUUGAGUUGGCUGGAAACGCAUCAAAAGACCUUAAAGUGAAACGAAUUACCCCCCGCCACUUGCAGCUUGCCAUCAGGGGAGACGAAGAGCUGGAUUCUCUCAUCAAAGCCACGAUCGCUGGUGGAGGUGUCAUUCCUCACAUCCACAAGUCUUUGAUUGGAAAGAAGGGCCAACAGAAAACUGUAUAAAGUGGAAGUGUUGUGUGUGUUGUCUCAGGAUUGAAGUCUGCAUUAGGUGGUUAAAUGUUUUAGAUUCAAACACAUUUAGGAUUUUGAUGGCAGAGCUUGCAUUUACUCACCUGUUUGAUUAUUUUUUUUGUAUGUGGCUUCAAAGAAGCUUUAUUUUUUUUCCCUUCUGGUGCUGCAGUUUGUGUUUAAAUACAGCUUUUGUGGCAUUCCCAUUUUAAAGUGGUGUUUUAAUAAAGCCUUUUUCCUUUCUUUUUGA